GUUCCGGCCCAUUCCGGCCCAUUUCUACCCCCGGAGCUUCACCCCUCCAGGGCCGACGCUAGAGAAAGACUUUCCUCCCGGGCCUCCUCCUCACUGGGGAAUUGCCGGACAGAGCAAACAAACAAACAAAAAAGGCUCCAAAAUAAACUCAUCCGAAUUCCUGAUGGCGUCGACCGAGCCUCUUACGGGAGUAAAAGUUCCAAAACAAACAAUAACGCUUUGGAAAAAGGUAAUUAAAGGUUCAUCAAGUGAGGUGUGCCAGCACACAUCUAGAAUGCCAGCCUUGGAGAAUAGAAGUUCUCUGCAUCUUGAUUGAGUCUUGACAAGAGUGGUGGAAUUUUUCCUAACCUAGAGUUUGCCUCAGAGUCCCAUAUCCAAAAGCUUUUUGUGGGAACUCUGCAGGGUUGAAUGCCUGCCUGUUCCUUCAGGCACGACCAUGGAGAAAAGUGGGAACAUACAAUUGGAGAUCCCUGACUUCAGCAACUCUGUCCUGAGCCAUCUAAACCAGCUGCGCAUGCAGGGCCGCCUCUGUGAUAUUGUGGUCAAUGUACAAGGACAAGCUUUUCGGGCUCACAAAGUAGUACUGGCUGCCAGCUCCCCCUAUUUCCGGGACCACAUGUCCUUGAAUGAGAUGAGUACUGUCUCCAUUUCAGUCAUCAAGAACCCUACUGUUUUUGAACAGCUCCUUUCUUUCUGUUACACAGGGCGGAUAUGCCUGCAACUGGCUGAUAUCAUCAGUUACCUAACAGCUGCUAGUUUUCUGCAGAUGCAGCAUAUUAUAGAUAAAUGUACACAAAUCCUGGAGGGCAUUCAUUUCAAAAUCAAUGUGGCUGAGGUGGAAGCAGAAUUAAGCCAAACUAGGACAAAGCAUCAAGAGAGACCUCCGGAGUCUCACAGAGUCACACCAAAUUUAAACCGCUCACUUAGCCCACGACAUAAUACCCAAAAGGGAAACCGCCGAGGACAGGUUAGUGCUGUGCUGGAUAUCAGAGAAUUAAGUCCCCCUGAGGAAUCUACCAGCCCUCAGAUAAUUGAGCAGAGUUCUGAUGUAGAGAGCCGGGAGCCCAUUCUUCGUAUCAACCGAGCAGGACAGUGGUAUGUGGAGACAGGAGUGGCAGACCGGGGCGGCCCAAGUGAUGAUGAAGUUAGGGUUCUUGGAGCAGUGCACAUCAAGACGGAAAAUCUAGAGGAAUGGCUUGGGCCUGAGAAUCAGCCUUCUGGAGAAGAUGGGAGUAGCGCAGAGGAGGUCACAGCCAUGGUGAUUGACACCACAGGCCACAGCUCCGUAGGACAGGAAAGUUACACCUUAGGGUCUUCAGGAGCCAAGGUGGCUAGGCCAACAAGCAGUGAAGUUGACAGAUUUAGCCCGUCCGGCAGUGUUGUUCCCAUGACUGAGAGACACAGAGCCAGAAGUGAAUCUCCUGGGAGAAUGGAUGAGCCUAAGCAGCCCAGCUCCCAGGUAGAAGAGUCAGCAAUGAUGGGAGUAAGUGGCUAUGUAGAAUAUCUCCGAGAGCAGGAAGUAUCUGAGCGGUGGUUCCGGUACAACCCCCGUCUUACCUGCAUCUAUUGUGCCAAAUCUUUCAACCAAAAAGGGAGUCUGGACCGUCACAUGCGCUUACACAUGGGGAUCACACCAUUCGUCUGCCGUAUGUGUGGCAAGAAGUACACUAGGAAAGAUCAGCUAGAGUAUCACAUCCGAAAGCACACAGGCAACAAGCCCUUUCACUGUCAUGUCUGUGGCAAAAGCUUCCCCUUCCAGGCAAUCCUGAAUCAGCACUUUCGCAAAAACCACCCUGGCUGUAUACCGCUGGAGGGGCCGCACAGCAUCUCUCCUGAAACGACUGUCACAUCUCGAGGACAAGGUGAAGAAGAGUCACCUUCACAGGAAGAGACAGUUGCUCCUGGGGAAACUGCCCAGGGUUCUGUGUCCACUACUGGGCCAGAUUGAAACAGUGAGGGGGAAGGGGCAGACCCUCUUCCCCUUGGGCUGUGAGCAGCCCAUAUCAGGGCCAUGGACUCGUACUUAGAUUCACAAAAUGCCACAUCAUGAGACCAGAAGAUUGCUUCCAAGAUGUUGCCAAACUAGAGGAUCAGCAGUACACAAAAGCACUAAAAGCUCUACCCCGCCUCAUUCCCACAUCACACUUUGGAAAAUAAUUGAGCAAAUCAACUUUCUAAUUCAGGGAUCAACAGCCUUGGUUUGUUAACUUUAUAAGAAAAAAAUACCUUUUUUAAACAAAACUGAUCAAUGAUCAUUUAUUUACCCUUCAUGUUUGAACACUGUACUUCGAUCCAUAUCAUCUUGGUGGCUGUUACUGCCCAGAUCUUUAAAAAAAAAAAAAAAAAAUGGAACAGGAGCCUUGGCCAUCUAAAGCAACCAACAAUGAGAAAGAGAAGGUAGUCGUGAUAGUGAGGAGGAAUGCCUCCUUUUCCCUUCCCUGCCAGACUUGCAUCUUCACAUUUCAGAAGAACAAAGUGAAUGAAGAUUGGUGGUUCUUACUGUUCUGAAAGGUUAGACAUUAUCUUUGCCCUAACUAGGCAUCUAAUACUUUGCCUGAUUGCUUCACGUCAUAAGCCAUCUUGGAGCAGUAUUCUAAUGGGCAGCAUCACCGGAAGCACUUUAGGCAUGUAGAAGUGAAAUGGAGCAGCAAGGUAUUUGCAGUAGGUACUGCUACAUUUGGGGGCUUGAUUGUUGUGCUAAGGGAAAGAGGAGCAGAAAAAGGAACUGGUUUUUAUGUUGAAUACAGAGUAGCACAGAGCCUAUUGCAACUGCCUGACUGCUAUUUAUGAAGUUAUAUCUAUAUGCAUCCUUGAGUUUCAAGGGAAUGGCUCUAGUCCAGAGUGAAUUAACCUGUUAGGCUGACUACCAAAGUUUCAUCCAGCCUCCUGUGGCUCCUAGUUUCACAUAACAGCAAUAUUGCACAUCAGAAACGUCACUUUUCAGUGAAAUAAGCCUGGAUUACAUUUUUAAAUCCACUGGUCUCCAUAUUUGAUAACUUUUAUAUGAAGUUUGAAACACAUUUUUUCUGCAAUAUCAUAGUUAAAGAAUUCAAACUCUUCUUACUGCAACCACAGUUUCAUUUCUUUCUAUGUUAGUUUAUAUUUUUAGUCCAAUGAAGAACCUCACUUAAGUCUAUGUCUCGGGUCUACAAACAUGAGAAUUCAUAAACCAGCCAUCAGCAAAUUGAUGGUGACUCCAAGAGCUUUGUUUU